GUAGCCAAUAAAAACAAAGAUAAGAAUCAUUAUUUGGUAGUAAAAUUGUUUUCUCUUCACACUUAAUUUAACAAUGAAUUCUUCUACAUUGAUACAUGACACAAUUCUAAGUGAAAAUCAAACAUGCAUAUAUGGGAGACCCCAAACCCCGACUUUAAAAAGUAAGUAACUUUACAAACAAACUCAUUGCUUCUGUGUUUUCCAAUCUGAUUUUCAGUUCCCCAGAGACGAAGAUGUCUCUCCGGCGUGGAGUCCCUCUUUCUCUGUUGGUCCUCUUCCUCCUCCUGGUAUCUCCGGCGGCGACCUUGGCCUUCCGCAAGAAGCACAAGAUCCCGGGGCCGAUCAAAACCAUAGUGGUGAUAGUGAUGGAGAACCGCUCCUUCGACCACGUCCUCGGCUGGCUCAAAUCCUCCCGGCCCGACAUCGACGGUCUCACCGGCAGCGAAUCCAACCCUCUCUCCGUCUCCUCCCCCUCCUCCGCCACAAUCCCCGUCACUGACGAUGCCCUCUUCAUCGACGCCGACCCCGGCCACUCCUUCCAGGCCAUUCGCGAGCAAAUCUUCGGUUCCAACGACACCUCUGCAGUCCCUCCCCCAAUGAACGGCUUCGCCCAGCAAGCCGAGUCAAUCCUCCUGGGCAUGUCCAAAACCGUCAUGAGCGGUUUCAAACCCCAUACCCUCCCCGUCUACACUGCUCUUGCAAACCAAUUCGGUUUAUUCGACAAAUGGUUCGCCUCCGUUCCUGCUUCCACCCAGCCCAACCGGUUCUACAUCCACUCCGCCACCUCUCACGGCGCCAUGAGCAACGUCCGCAAGGACCUCAUCCACGGCUUUCCCCAGAAAACCAUCUUCGACUCCCUCAACGAGAACGGUCUCUCCUUCGGCGUCUACUACCAGAACAUCCCCGCCACGCUCUUCUUCAAGAGCCUGCGCAAGCUCAAGAAUGCGGUAAAGUUCCACGACUACGCCUUGAAGUUCAAGAAGCACGCCGAGAAGGGGAAGCUUCCGAACUACGUGGUGGUGGAGCAGAGGUACUUCGAUGUGGAGGUUUUUCCGGCGAACGAUGACCACCCCUCGCAUGACGUGGCGGCCGGGCAGAUGUUCGUGAAGGAGGUGUACGAGGUUUUGAGGAAGAGUCCGCAGUGGGAGGAGAUGGCGGUGCUGAUUACUUACGAUGAGCAUGGUGGGUUUUAUGAUCAUGUGGCGACGCCGGUGGAAGGGGUGCCUAACCCCGAUGGGAUCGUUGGGCCCCACCCUUAUUACUUUCGGUUUGAUAGGUUGGGGGUGAGGGUGCCCACGUUUAUUAUCUCGCCUUGGAUCGACAAGGGUACUGUGAUUCAUGAAGCAGAGGGGCCAACACCAUAUUCUCAAUAUGAACAUUCCUCUAUCCCUGCCACAGUAAAGAAGCUUUUCAAUUUAAAAUCCAAUUUCUUGACAAAGAGAGAUGCAUGGGCUGGUACCUUUGAAAAGUACUUUUACAUUCGAGAUACUCCUCGUGAUGAUUGUCCAGAAACUCUUCCAGACAUCAAGAUGCUAAGGCAACAUGGACCAAGAGAAGACUCAAGUCUUUCAGAAUUCCAAGUGGAAUUAAUCCAGCUUGCAUCUCAGCUCAAUGGUGAUUAUGUACUCAAUUCCUAUCCAAACAUUGGUAAAACUAUGACAGUGAAAGAAGCAAACAGGUACGCCGAAGACGCAGUGAAGAGGUUCCUGGAAGCUGCAAAGGCUGCUCUUAAAGCUGGGGCUAAUGAGUCAGCCAUUGUCACAAUGAGGCCUUCCCUCACAAGCAGAGUUGCUGAGGGAGAUCACCAGAAACUAGUAGAAUCUUACUGAUUCUUUCACUAUACCGCUGUAAAUAUGGUAUAUAUUUAGCAUAUUCACCAUAAUGUUUAGGAAAAAAAUUACUAGUGUUCUUAGUAAAAGUACUUUCAGUUUAAGAACAAUUUAGUCAGAUAAUUGAUUAAUUUUGUUCUACAUGAACGAUCAGUUAUUGAUCACCAUUUUAGUGGUUGAUUGUUCUUAAAUUGAAAAGAAUUUUACCAGUAAUGAUUUUAUUUAUGAUAAAUUAUUCUUAAAAUAGAUAAACUUCUAUAAAUAUUUAUUGUAUUUCCUAAAUAUUUGACUUCUGAUACAAAACAAUAUGUAUUACGUGUACUGUGUUGUCUUGUAUGAAAUGUUGUUCCUAGUUAGGAAGAAA